GCCUGAAAGAGAGCGAGUGCGGCGCCAAAGCCUGAAGGACACACGCCAGCCGCCUUCUUAUCCUUGCAUUACUGCGUCACCAUUACUGCAUUAUUACGGCUUUACUACUGCACUAUUCCUGCAUCGUUACUGCAUUAUUACUGCGUUACUGCUACAUUAUUCCUGCAUCAUUCCUGCAGCGGAGCAGGCGGUGCAGCCACAUCUGGUCGUCAUCAGAAGGGGCAGCGUCUCUUCCUGCUCACAUGUGACUCCAGCAGUGUGUGAAGACAAGUCCAAGAGGAGGUUUUAGAAAACAUUCCUUGAGUUUUACAGCAAGAAGUUGUUCUUUUUGGGGUGUAUGGAUUGACUCUGAGCUGUGAUUGCGGGAAAAGAAGCAGGAGAAACCUCCAACUUUUGAACUUGGAGCCCUCCGAGGCUCCGAUUCUUUGUCUUCUCCGAUCAAACCAUCUCCCCAACGGAAAGAGACGCCCCGCGAGCAAGGAUCUACCUGGUUUCCCCAUUUUCUUUUGGGUUGCUGUCCCGCCAUGACUUCUAGUUACACGCAUGGAAUGGACAGGAACCGCUUGGAGAGUCCCGUCACCGCUAACCUGGACAACUUGCAAGCCAAGAAGAACUUCUCUGUGAGCCACCUUCUGGAUCUGGAAGAAGCCGGGGAGAUGGUCGGCAGUCAGGCCGACGAGAGUGUCGGGGAGGCUGGGAGAAGUUUGCUGGAGUCUCCGGGACUGACCAGUGGAAGCGACACAAACCAACAGGACAACGAGCAGAUGAACACGGAGGAGAAGAAAAAGAGGAAGCAGCGCAGGAACAGGACCACCUUCAACAGCAGUCAGCUGCAGGCUCUGGAGAGGGUGUUUGAGAGAACGCACUACCCCGACGCUUUUGUACGCGAGGACCUCGCCCGCCGGGUCAACCUCACCGAGGCCAGAGUGCAGGUUUGGUUUCAGAACCGGCGAGCCAAGUUCCGCAGGAACGAGCGAGCCAUGCUGGCCAGCAAAAACGCUUCCCUCCUCAAAUCCUAUUCUGGAGAAGUGACAGCGGUGGAGCAGCCAAUUGUGCCCCGCCCUGCGCCACGCCCAAACGACUACCUUUCCUGGGGUAGCACCGCCCCUUACAGUACCAUGGCGGCCUACCCACCAAGCUGCUCCAACACCAACACAUCCCAGGGCAUGAACAUGGCCAACAGCAUUGCCAACCUGCGGCUCAAAGCGAAAGAGUACAGCUUGAACCAGGUGCCCACGGUCAACUGAAAGGUCUGGGAGAACCGGCGGGUAGGAGAGCCUCCAAAGCCACUGGACUCCCACAGACUAUCUCUGGAAUGAACUUCAUCUCACCAGAAUAACCGCUUUCUGGUCCUUUUUUCACCAAAUCAGGAAAAAGCAAAAAAGUACCAGUAGGUGUUGGGGGAGAUCUCACUCCAAGGCAACUGUUGUUUAUACGAAGACAUCUUGAUGGAUGUUGUAUUCAAAUAUCGGCAUAUUCUUAUUGGGACUGAUUUUCAAACAUUUUUUUUCCAUUUUUUGGGGGCACAGAAGGACAUAUGUGGAAUUUCCUUUGUCCACUUUGGCUGUGGUGAAUCUUCUGGAAAUUUUUUAUUUUUUUUUGUCAAAGACUCCAUGUUAAAAUGGCGUUCAUGAUAUCUUUUUGUUUUUAUCACUUUCCUAUCCAUAGUAAACCAACGACAACUUUAUUUUCAUGUAACUCUUCCAUAUACAGGGACGGAUCUUGUAUUUCCCAAACCCAGUAGAACCUUUCCAUUUUCUGUGAUGUCAUUUGUAACAGAAAAAAUUAUAUUAAUAAAAAAAAAAAAAAAAUUCAUUUUGAUUCAAG